UCUUUCCGCUUCGCGCACUCGAGCGUCUCCUCCCUGCACUUCAGUUGUAUUUGGGAACUUCGCGCGAUUUCAUUGGCUGCGGCCACGUUAACACCUUUGCUUACCUACCGCAUCGAGGGAUCCCAUUGGGCGCCGCGCUCGGCUACAACACGCCGCAUCCAAUCGGAGCCGCGCCGCGGCGCCGCCUACCGUCCGGCCUCCUCGCGCUCGAAAAAGUACCUGGUCAAGUUUGGCAGCGCACGCGGGAGAUGCGAGAGGAGCGCGGGGCGGCGGGCGGUGACGCGGCUGACGCGGCGAUGCUUCGCGGUCACCCUCCUCCUCGGGAGAGUCCGGCGGCACCGCCGGGUGCGUGAGCGGGCGUGUGGACGAAAGGGGCGCGUGACCGAGCACCGAGACGCACAGACUGAACUUUGGCCGGGGCGAAGGAACCGAAGCGCUGGCUGGUGGCUGGCUGGCUGGCCGGCCGAGCAUCGUCGUCUGUCUCUGUGUGUCAGUCUGCCCGGCCGCUUGGUGCCGGAGGACCGGAGCGGAGGACCGGAGGACGGGCGGACGGGGGCGCGCGCAGGCGCCGCGAUGCUCGCACCCUCCUCCGAAUUAAUUUCGGAAUAAAACCCGAGACGCGCGUGCCAGACGACGUGCCCGCUCCGGACCGGCGUCAGACGAAUGAGCCGCCGCCGGUGGGCACGAGACGAGUGCGUGCCGUUCGGGUUCUUCUCGUCUAGCCGCCUGCCUCAGUGCCUGUGCCUGGGAUUUACGCGCCUGAAAAAGUAGUGAGCUGCCAGGAGGAGCAGGAGAAGAGCGGAAAGAAGCAGAAAAAGAAGAGGCAGGAGCAGGAGGAGAAGGAGGAGGAGGAAGGGAGCCACCACGAGCCCGUAGACCACAGUCCCCUCGGCGCGUCCACGAUGGGAAGAGCGUGUGCUCGCGCGGCGGGCGUCGUGUGCGCGUGCCCGCUGCUUGGAGCGCUCGUACUCGCGUCUCUGUGGACAGCAGACUGCCGCGGAGUCCCUGACGGCCAGCAGAAGUUCUCCACGCUGCCCACCUACCUACCGGUGGCCUACCAAGUCCAGAAUGCCGAGUUGUCCUUCUUCUUGAAGGAGACGGGCCAGGAAGUGAUGCGCAACGGCAGCCUGCAGAGCCGCGCCGAGCCCUUCUUCAUCCACCUGGCCGACGGCGCGCCCUCCGUCAACUGCAGCUACGGCAACCUGAGCGCCGAGUCACCCGUGCCCCUGGAGCUCCUGCAGGCAUCCCCGCCGCUUCUGCCCGCUGCCACGCACAUGAGCUUCAACUGGAAGGUGCGGGCGCAUGUGGUGAGCCCCCGUGCAAGUGCCCGGAACCCGCGCCUGCAGGUGCUCUUCUACCUGGCGGGACGGCGCUGGGACGAGGCGCCCGUUCCCGAGGUGCUGCUACCUUGCGUGCACCUCGAGGCCCAGCUGGACGGCUCGGAGGUGGCAGCCAGCUGCCGAUUGGAAGGCGGGCUGGGCAUUUGCGUGGCAGAGCUGGAGCUGCCCCCGGCCUGGUUCGGUGCCGCCUUCGGUCGCAGGAAGCCCGGUGCCAGCAGCGCGGAGCUGUUCUACACUGUCCAGCCGCUGGAGGGCGCAGCUAAGGGCUGCGGUGCCAAGGACAUCCAGAGGGGCCGAAAUCACGGCUCCAGGAAGGGCCCGGCAGCGGUGGCGGCGGCGGCGGCGGCGGUGACAGUGGUGGCAGCGGGUGCCCAGAGGAUUGGCACGGUGGAACUCGUGAGCAGCCAGGACGAGGGGCCUCCGCUCACCAGCCUGCCGCUGGACGAGAAUGUGGAGAUUGAAGGCCCGGCCGGCCCUGUGAGGCAGGGACAGACCAUCACCUUCCGCGUCAACGUGAGCUCGGCAUCCACAGUGGAGCAGUUCAUCCUGAGAGCCCUGUUCCAAGAGGGUGUGAGCUUCGUCGCCCUCCGGCCCGGCAGCCAGACCCAGUGGGAGGUGGAGAAGGAGGUGGUUUCUGGGACCUCGGGCGUCUCUGUCUUCUGCCAGAGGAAGUCCACAGCGGUGGGAGACAGCAAGCUGAAGCAGUCGGCCUACGAGGUGAUGCAGGUGGACUUCGAGAUCGACAACUUCAUCAGCGUCCAGUCCAGUCAGUGGGUGCGCUGGCAGGUCGAGUACCCAGGGUCCCCCGCGCCGACGGCCGAGGUCCUGUCACACAUGUACAUCAGCCAGAGGGCGCUACAGGGGAUUGUACCGCUGGCAGAGGACACUGAGAUCCUGAACACGGCCAUCCUGACGGGCAGGCGGGUCGUGGUCCCGGUCAAAGUAGUGACGGUGGAGCAGGACGGCACCGUGCGGGAGGUGGACGGUACCGUGGGCUGCAACUCAACCAACGUGGAUGUUGUCAAGGUGACCCCAGCAUGCGACGCCAUCCUGGUCAAUGGCAAAGAGGUGAGCGGAAAGCUGUCGGUGAGGGUCAACUUCACCUUCCUGCACCUGAGCGCUCAGCUGCCACUCACGGUGUGGGCGCCACGACUACCUCUGCAGAUUGAAGUGUCGGACGCAGAGCUCAGCCAGGUGAAGGGCUGGAGGGUGCCCAUCCUUGGCAACCGUCGCCCCACGCGAGACAGCGAGGACGACGAUGACGAGGAGAAGAAGGGCAAGGGCUGCACUCUCCAGUACCAGUACGCCACGGUGCGAGUGCUCACGCACUUUGUGGCCGAGCCGGCCGACCCCGGGGGCGAGCUCGUGUACAUGCUGGGCUCGGACUGGCAGGCUGACAUCACGCAUCUGGUGAUGGACUACUUCAAGGUGGAGGACCCACGCAUCGCCCGCCUCAUAGAGGGCAGAGUGCUCAUGGGCCGGGACCUGGGCAUCACCACCAUCCAGGUGCUGUCCCCCCUCUCGGACUCCAUCCUGGCAGAGAAGACGAUCACUGUGCUGGACGACAAAGUUACCAUCACUGACCUGGGGGUGCAGCUCGUGGCCGGGAUUUCCUUGACCCUGCAGCCCAGCCUGGGGAGCAGCCGUGCCAUCGUGGCUACGGCCACCGCCCAGGACCUCCUGCACUCCUCCAAACAGGACGCCAUCAUCAGUGCCUGGAUUCAGUUCAGCGAUGGCUCCGUGACCCCUCUCGACAUCUAUGACCCCAAAGAUUUCAGUUUGACCGCCACCUCUCUGGACGAGAACAUUGUCUCCGUUUACCAGGAAAACCCGCUCAAGUGGCCAGUGGUGGUGGCUGAAGGUGAGGGGCAGGGCCCGCUGGUCAAGGUGGAGAUGGUCAUCUCUGAAACGUGCCAGAAGUCCAAGAGGAAGAGCGUUCUGGCCGUCGGGACGGGCAAUGUGAGAGUGAAGUUUGGGCAGAACGAUGUGGAUCAGCGGGGCUCAGGCCAAGAGGAGGGUGAUCUGGACAACAGCACCAGUGAGCGGAAAGUGAAGGGAACCGAGGGGGACAGGGCCAGCCCAGAUGGCUGGAAGUACAACAGCGCCGCCUCAGAUCGUGAAGAGGGGGCCAUGAGGAAAGUUAGUACCACCACCAGGACCACCAUCACUAGUCGCACUGGGGGCAACAAGCUUGGGAGAGGCGGAGCAGGUCAAGGCCUCAACAUACCGGUGGACCUCACCAGCUUCCCUGCUCAAGUUGACCUCCCGGGGGGCACGCAGAGUGACUUGUCCCACCUGUCUCGAGGCCUCUCCGACCUGGAGAUUGGGAUGUAUGCGCUCCUGGGUGUCUUCUGCCUCGCUAUCCUGGUCUUUCUAAUCAACUGCGUGACCUUCGCCUUCAAGUACCGCCACAAGCAGCUGCCAGUGCUGGAGCAGGGCAACAUGAACCAUGCCCAUGACUGGGUGUGGCUGGGCAAUGAGGCCGAGCUCCUGGAGCACCACACGGACGUCUCGCCCCAGCCGGACGAGUGCACCACAAUCAUCGACCGCGGCGAAGGCUACGAGGAGAGCAAGUACCUCCUCAACGGCGGAUUACAGAAGAACAUCCAAGGUCAAAUCCACCGCUCUGCCGACCCGGGACCCUGCAACGGCAAGGACCUCAAGGCCGAGCCUCUCAACAACUCGCCCAGCGCGAAGCGCAAGCGAGUCAAGUUCACUUCCUUUGCCACCAUCCUCCCAGAUGAUGGAGGCCCCUACACCAAUUCCAUCCUCAUAGGCAAUGAGGAUGACAUCAAGUGGGUGUGUCAGGACAUGGACCUAGGACAGUCCACAGAAAUUAGAACGUACAUGGAGAGGCUACAAGACAAUCUGUGAAAAGUGAGAAUGAGAU